AUGGAGAGCAUAGCAUUAUGGCAAGGUUUGACGGUCUGUGGGAUUGUGACAUGGAUUGUUAUAUCUUCAUGUCUUAAUGUCUCUCAAAAGCUUAGAACUCUGGUCCGACCUUGGGUUUCUCACCAUGUCAUCACUGGCACGCCUAUCAUCCUCCAGAUCCAGAAAUACCAGCAUGGAUUUUUGGAUGCUUUGUUCUCUGGAUUGUCUUGUGUUGUUUCCGUCCCUUUUUACACUGCUUUUCUUCCUUUGCUCUUCUGGAGUGGACAUGGCAAAUUGGCUAGGCAAAUGACCCUUUUAAUGGCUGUCUGUGAUUAUUCAGGAAACUGCAUAAAGGAUGUGAUAUCAGCUCCUAGACCCAGUUGCCCGCCUGUUAGGAGAAUAACUGCCACAAAAGAUGAGAAGGAGAAUGCUUUGGAAUAUGGAUUGCCUUCUUCUCACAUUCUUAACACAAUUUGCUUAUCUGGAUACCUGUUGCGCUAUGUCCUAUGCUAUACCCAAAAUGAAGAUGCCUCUUUGAAAUUUGCGGGAUUUGCCAUUGUUUGCUUGAUCGUGUGCCUCACUGGUUUGGGAAGAAUUUACCUUGGAAUGCACAGUGUAAUCGAUGUCAUAGCUGGUCUUGCCAUUGGUUUUUCAAUCCUUACUUUUUGGCUAUCUGUCCAUGAUUAUGUCGACAGUUUCAUAGUCUCAGGACAAAAUGUUACAACAUUUUGGGCCGUCCUAAGCCUUCUAUUGCUUUUUGCUUAUCCGACUCCAGAACUUCCAACCCCAAGCUUUGAGUUCCACACAGCCUUCGAUGGUGUUGCAUUUGGAAUAGUGGCUGGCGUCCAGCAAACCUACCACCAGUUCCACCAUGAAGCAGUGCCACGCAUAUUUACACCACAACUUACUGUGCCAGCAUUUCUUGGAAGAAUGCUUGUGGGGAUACCAACAAUACUCAUGGUGAAGUACUGCAGCAAGGCCCUGGCUAAAUGGAUCCUUCCUGUUGUAUCAAACACCUUGGGCAUCCCAAUAAAAUCAACCAGCUACAUCCCUAUGCUAAACGGAUCGGUUACUGGCAAACAAUCAGAAGAGAUUAAGCAAUCGGGUUAUAUUAACAAGUUAUUCUUUUUCUCAUCUCAGGACUCAUUUGAUGUUGAUACGGGUAUUAGAUUCCUCCAAUACUCAGGCCUCGCUUGGUCUGUGGUAGAUCUUGUUCCAUCUCUCUUCUCGUAUAUGAGAUUGUAA